AUGCUGGACAUGCUGCUGCUAUGCUGGAAGGGGUUGGUUGUUGCAUUAGAGCGGAGCUUUGUUAAUCUAGGAAGGAGCAAGAUCCCUCAUAGACCUUUGAGGAUUACCGUUUUGACCUUCUUACCUUAUUAUUGUCAUCUAUUGUCUCGGGUGGUGCUUGUAAUGGACGAAGUCUGGCCAGCGUCACGCUUCUUCAGCGACGGCUGUAGUUCCUUGUACGAGAGAUCUGUCUUCGAGGGUCAAACAUUAAGGCAUUUUCAGCAACAGCAGCAGCUGAAGCAGGAGCCGCAACAGCAAUCACUGCAGCAGGCGUUGGAAUUAAUGCACUCUACGAACCAGCCGUAUCAGCCAUUGGCUCAGCUGCAGCAGCUUCAGCUGCAGCAGCAGCUACUGCAGCACCAGCAGCAACAACAGCACCAAUAUCAAGAGCCGCACAUCUUGCCCUCUUGCCAUCCGCAUCAUCCAACCGAGGACAGUUUUUCAUCGCAUUCCCUUUUUGAGGAGGCUGUAUUGAAAGAUUCUCACAUGCUUCCAGCAUCAUCGGAAAUGUCCACGUUCCCUUUGGCUCAGUCUCGGCAAAUAAUGCCUGGCUUAGAACCUUCCGGAUUGAAUUCCUCAGGCAGGUUCGACUCCUCUGGACGAUUCUCCACCUCCGUAGGCUACGAUCCUUCUGACAGGCUUGAAUCGUCUGGCAGAUUUGAGUUAACAUCGCGGCAGCUAGAUUCUCCAGUCGAAAAUGGAAUCGCUGCGUACGAUGCAUUUGAGUGUUCAGGCGGAGCGUCCGAGAAUCCGCUUCCGCCUCUACAGGGAUCGCAUGAGGCUGUUCUGCCUGACCGUGCACAUCUUAUGAUGAUCGACAUUGAGGACUUUUGUUGGGUUAACGAGGAUUACUGUGUUAGAGUAUACAUUCCUUUUCCAGGAGUCCACGCCUUUACCCCCUCGUACAUAACGUCUUCAUUCACUAAUAGCUCUUUCUGCUUGUUGAUAAGGGGCCUUCCCGAUGGUGUAUGCUACCGACUUGCACUCGACAGUCUUUAUGGGGAGAUCCAGCCGAACCUGUGCUGUCACAAUGUGCACAAAGAUAAGAUUGAGAUGACUUUAUCAAAGCCGAAGAAAGCUGCUCAGCCAGUGAGCAAACCCACGGACAAUGGAGUUCGCGAGUCCAAGAGUCACCAUUCGGAGCCAGCGACGCCUCGUCCGAUGCUGAAGGAAGUGGGAGGCCCUUUCGCGGAUGACACGCACAUCUCGCUGGUGAAGAAGUUGAAUGAUUUGAAGUUCUCGUCCCUGGAGGAUCGCACUGCGGAGGGGUCUACCGAUACAGGGGAGGAGAAGAAGAACACGGAUGAGGUGUCGUCCCUGGCCGUAGCUCCAGAGGUUCCUGCUGAAGGGGAAGAAGAAGAGGAGGAUGAGGAUGACGGGUAUCUCAGCGAUGACCCGGAGGAACGUUUUGACCCUGUGAAGGCGGGGGAGAUCGUUGCGCGUGCCGGCUUCUCAAUCACGCUGCUAAUCCCGAUCAAGUACGAAGAGGAGGUGGAGCGGACUAUUGACACGGUUAAGGGUCUGCUGGCGCUGUGGAGAAAGUAUAUGUCGGCGCAUGUGCUGACAACGACGAAGUGUCAAGUGCUCUUACCGGCGUGGUUGUCAAAGAAGCGUUACGGACGGCUGCAAGUUACUUUCCAGCAGGCGUCGGACGCGAACUACGCGUGGUGCCGCAGGGUUGAGCACAAGAUGUUGAACGGUGUAGGCAUCACCCUUGACUGGCAGCACCCGGAAAACCCGCUGUACAUCAUGGAACGCGCGACGCACCCAGACUCGGUUGAAGUGCUCUUAAAGAGUGUGCCUGCCGCCAUAACGCCGGAGAUGGUUUAUGAGUACCUGGUGACGGCGGUGCUGGAGAAGCGUGGCAGAACCCCUUUCUUGAGCGGUUCGGCUUUCCACCGGGUGGUUGAUCCGGUUACUGGUGCGGACACAGACAAGAUCAGGGCUGCGUCCCUUCCACUCGACGCUUGUGUGAAGAAGAUUCUGCGCGACCCUGCUUUGGUGCUGAUCUCCACGGGGGGAAGCCGGGAAGACUGGCUGUGUGUCCAGGAGGCGUGUGGGAAGGUGCACGGCUCCAAUUUCUCCCAGGCGGUGGUGCAUGUGAAGUCGGUCCAGCACUGCACCGCGCUUCUGCAAGGGGGUUCGGCAAGCAGGAGAAGCCGGGGGAAGAUGAACUUGAUCCCGGUCCGCAAGGAGUUUGGGCUGCAGAAGUGA